CUCACGAAAUUGUUGCACUGGUUUAAUUUCUGGUCCUUGACUUGUGGGCGAUGAUCCAAAUAAUCAAAUGUACAAAAUAGUAGGAAAAUGAUUGGAAUGCUUCAGAAUAAUUACUAGUGAACGCAUUGCUAUAUAACCAGCUCUUGUUUCUCAUCUAGUUUUCGUGUUUCAUUGUCCACAAUCUCCAUAAUGGCAUUCUCAGGCUCCAUCAAUUUAUGGGUUCUUGCUCUUGCUGUGGUUUACAUCUCCAUUCAUGGCUGCAUCUUAGGGAAAGCAGAUGGAGGUGAAAAUGUGCCUCAAGUUGGCACUGUCGGUGAUGAUCCGGAUCAGAUUGUUGCCAAAGCCUUGCUAUGUUUCAAUAACAGAUAUAUAAACAGCAGCUGUGAAGAAUCCUGCAGAUUGACUGCGUCCGGGAACAUCAACGUGCCUUAUGGGUCUACUGAUCAAUACUGCAAUGGUCCAUGCCUUACAGAGACAUACCUAAUACUCAACUGCAUUGACGACAUUUUAGCAAACUUUUCAUUCUACAAUAACGCGACGAUACAAGACGUUCGAGACACGAUCAAGGCAGGAUGUGGUUAUGGCCCUGAAAGAGGUAAUUUCAAUGUGACCGAGCACAUUCAAGCGGAAGAGGGCACUGCAGGCAAGGCUGCUGCUCCAGUGCUAUCAGGGAUUUGCUUGAUGAUUAUAGGGCAUGCUUUGUUGCUUUGAUAUGGGUUACUCAUUUCAGUCAUUUGAUCAGGUGAUCACAUAAGUUGCUUUCUAUAGGUGUAGUUUGCCAGCUUUGUCAUAGUGUCUAUACAAAGUUAUUGUGAGAUGACGUAUAUCUUUAUUAAGCCAGUAUGUAAGUGAGCUUGAAUUGAUGAGUCCAUCAAUAUGUAUACAUAUAUGAUAUAUCUUUUCAAGAGCAGUGGUCAACCUGAGCCUCUGGGUGGGUGCUCUCGAUGAAAUUUUAAAAAAUGGUCUUCUU